AUGAGUAAUGGUACGGUAAAUAUUCCUCAGUGUUGUGCCGCUCAAGACAGAGAAGACAGAGAAGUAAAUAUUCUUAAACACGAGUUAGAUUUUUUGCGCUAUCUUUGUAAAAAUGAUGAAGAGAGCCUGCACUACAUUCUCUGGGAUUGUCCAGCAGCGCAACAAUGCUGGCAGUGGUUAGCGGGGUUUUUUCACACGAGAGCGGUGGAUGAUUUUAAAACCUGUUACAAGGCUUUAUCGGGAAGGAGUUCUAUGGAUAAAAAUUUAUGGUUGCUGGCAAUCAUGGUUACUAAAUCAGAACUUUGGAAGGCUAGAAAUGCGAUUUGUUUUGAAGGCGGACAGAUAAACUUUUUGAACUUGAAGACAAAUAUCUUACUUCAAACUUCUGGAUACUCUCGACGGAUCAAAAGUUUUAUGUUCAAUAAUCAGGACGACCUUUUUCUCGUGCGGGUUUUUAAUGUACAACACAAAAAAGUUAGGAGUAUAAUUAUGGUAGCUUGUGAAAGGAGACCACCUGAUGAGUAUAGCUUGAUCCUUUGCUGUGAUGGUGCGGCGAGGCGUAAUCCUGGUCCGGUCGGGGCUGGUUGUGUACUACGUGACCACAACUGUGGCUGUAUGGGAGCAUUGGUUGUGGGCUUAGGCUUAGCUACUAAGUAUGAUGCGGAAAUUGAAGUUGUAAUUGAAGGUUUGGAAUAG